ACAGUUUAUAACGUAAAUAGUUUAUUUAGUCGAGAUAAAUUCUCAUGCGCGUCAAGAACACUUGGAUAUUUUUGAGAGUACAUAAUAAUAAUAACUUGACGACAGUCUGAGCGUCUGAAGAGUGGAAUUUUCUUUGGGAUGGCGGUGUAGCUCUAAACUUCGUUUUACAAUAUGUGUCAUUAUAGUCUGAUGUAUUAUGGGGACAGUGUUUAAUUUCUGAAACCAAAAAGGUUACUUGGAAUUACAUAUACUUUGGAUAUUACCCAUUUUACUGUGUAAAAAAUCUGCCAACAUGGAUGAAAGAUAUAAAGCCAUAUUGGAUCGACAUCGACAACUUCUGAUUAAGAAUAUUAUAUUAACGGAUGAAUUUUAUGAAAUGCUGCAAAAAGAAAGAGUUUUACCUGAUGCAAUGAUUAAAGAUGUUAAGGAAGGUUCCAACCAAGAGGAAAAAAAUGAGAGAUUGUUAAACGCCCUGUUACUCCGUACGUCCCUUACGUUUAGACGUUUCAGGGAUGUCUUAUUAAAAUCUGGUCAUCAUUUUCUAGCCGAUUUAUUAUGGGAGGAAGAUCUUGAUACAUUCACCUUAGAUGACAACAUUUUACAAAAGUUUCCGAAUACUUUUGACAAAUUAACUGAUGAUGUAAAAAAGAAGUUAGUUCUGUUCAUUGAUUCGAAGGUGAGAGAAAAGGCCUUACAGAUAACAUGGAGAACUACCUCUAUAGAUAGAGUCACCAUUUUAAGGGGUAGAUCUUUAGAUUUUAAAAACGAAAAGAAUUUACGUGAGAAUCUGGAUGAACAAGAUAAAAGGUUGCUGCAUUUAAAAAAUGAAAUGUGUGCUAAAGAUGAGCGGAUACGACUUUUAUCCAUCGAAAACCAAAGCAUACAGAGAGAGAUAGAUCAGCUAAAAUACAGUCACAAAAAGGAACUUGAAAAACAGUCUAAUUUUAACAGUGCCAACAACAGUGCUAUAUUACGUCUGAAAGAAAAGUUUAUAAGCUUUAAUGAAAGCGUAAUUCAAAUGAAUCAAGUCGUGAGAAAUUAUCUAGGUGACGAACCAGAAAGUUACAAUACGGACCCUGAUAAUAUAAAAUUAUCAUACCUGGAAAAGAACUUGAAACGUGUUUUACAAAACGCCAAAAUAUCACAACAAAUCGCAGAUAACUUCAUGAAAGAGAAACAGGAAGUUGUAAAAAUAUUCGGUAAAACGACGACGAAGACGUCAUUGAAGGAGAUCAUUGAAGACUACAUUGAUAAAGAGCAAAAAUCGAAAAUAAGUUUAUGGCGGGACAUCGAAAAACUUGCAGACGUGAUUCGUGGAUUACCCAAAACCGGCAUCUUACAGAAACGGGUGUCGAAUGAUAGCUUGGCGACAGACUUUCGUUUUCUUAAAAAUUAUGUAGCGACACUAAGAGUUGAAGUGGAACAUUUGCAUAAACGUAUGUUGUGGAAGGAUAAUCAAAUUCGCGAAUUAUCGUCUGAUGUUGAGAGUUAUAAACGUCAGUUGCCCAAAAUACGUAUCAGUAAAACCCCACCACCUUCUCCCGAGUCGACGUAUGCAAUGGACGUAGCGUAUAGCAGGGUGGACGACUAUAUAACAUCAAAUAGUGUUAAUAAACCAAUCGAAACCAGUAUUGACGGGAAUAACGAAUUCGGUUUAGAGACAUAUCAAACAAUACCAGUGCAUUCCUCUGAAUUUUGUCUCAAGAAUAAGAAAGAACGUCAUGUUGUGUUUUCAGACCUUCAUAAAGACACACCUAGUAAAAAACUGUCAUCAACAUCGUAUAAAUAUACUGAUCUAGCUACAUUGCCACCAGUAUAAAAUAUUAUAGUGUAUUCAAUUCAGUAGGCACCCUUGCAUGAAAGGAGUGAAUUUACCAAGUACCCAACCAUACUCUCUAGUAAUCCCAGGACCGUAUUUAGGUCAGUGCAAUCACUGCUAUUGUAAAAGGUUGCAAGAUUUUAAAAGGGCCACCUAAGCACCUCUCCCCACUUUCAUUAGCCUAGUCAGGGCACACCAGUAGGGUGUUAAACACCAUUUCAUUUCUAAUAAUCACCCAUGCUAGUUUAACGUAAAAAGCAUCAUGCUCUCUAAAAGUAUGACUUAAUAAACAUCCACCUUUUCAAGUAGUUUGACCAUGGACCGUAUAAUACAUAUUAUAAGGUCCAUUGUUUGACCUACUAAUUAUAAACAUCCAUGCUCUCUAGAAGUUUUACCUAAUAAGCACAUAUGCUCUCUAGAAGUUUGAGGUACUCCAUGCUCUCUAAUAGUUUGACCAAAUAAGCCCCAUGCUUUCUAGUAGUUUGACCUAAUAAAACGCCUAUGCUCUCUAAAAGUUGGGCUUAAACAACCAAGCUCUCUAGUAGUAAAUUCCCCAGCCAUUCAUUAUUUAAGAACACAGUCAAUGAAAUGAUGCCUGAUUACAGACUUAUUAAUUAAUUUCAACUUAUAAAUAAUAUUAUGGGUGUUAUAAAGUCAAAUGGAUGUAAAUUUAAAGUGGAAUAGGGUAUUGCGUAUGGAUGCCUAUUCCAAGGAAUAUGUUUUAAGUGCCAUUACAGAAAAAGUUGAUUGGAGAUUGUGUACAUUCGUGAAGAAUACUAUUUCUUAAAACUGAUUUAAUUCCACUUUUAAGGACAUUAUUACAUCUUUUUACAAUUAUUUUCAUGUGUAUACUAUAUCAUGAUUCAUCUUUAUAUUGUUUUAAUAACUUAUAUAAAAUAUUUAUUCGAUUAAUAAACAUAUACAAAAAUUA